AGAUCCUUGUAGAUGGAAAUUUUAUCCACAUGGCCCUAAAGGUUAAAAUUGACAUCAGAGAUCGUCUGAAGAAGAUGCUUCUGGUGGAAAACCUUGCAUGCUACGCCCCUCAAGCUGUGCUGGAUGAGUUGGCCGCCAUGGGUCCUGACUUCAGGGCAGCACAUGAGUGGGUGCAAAGCUGCUGCGAUUUGGUACCAAACCCAACCAUAAAGACCAAUCACGAUGACAGUGGAAAAAACUAUGUUAGCGCAGGAGCCGCCAUUUGCACCAUGGUGGGAGAGAAGAACAUUGACAAGUAUAUGGUGGCCACCCAGGACCAGGAGCUGAAGGCACGGCUUCGGCAUGUGCCAUCCGUCGCCCUUCUUUUCGUUUCUCGGGCAGUAUUUUUAAUGGAAGCACCUUCAAUAAGCUCUCGUCUUUUCUCCGCGAAACAAGAGGGAGAAAAAUUCCGACUAUUGACUGAGGAGGAACGAUGUUUGCUAGCCAGCCUCCGACACAAGGAGAAGCCGGUGUUGUCACAAGGUAGUUCCCAAGCAAGCGAGCAGCAACAGAAGGCUCUCACAAAGAGUAGAGUACGGUUGAAAAAGAGAGCAAAAGGUCCCAAUCCGCUUUCAGUGAAAAAAUCUGACAAGGCAAAAGUUCAAAAGGAAAGGCGGGUGCCACAGGACAAACCUGGCAGCAAGAAAUAUACGGGAGGCCAGAAGGGCAAUGAAGUAGGAGGAGGCCACGUUAGUUGUGCGAAAAAACGGACGCGUCAGAGGAGAAAAGGAAAGCCUGUCCUAGAGAAGGAGUGAAUGUGCUUGAAUCAGAAUUCUUGAUGACUACGAAGUACAAAUGUAACACGAAAUCGCGCGCCUUGG